AUAAAUAUUUCCAAUCUCUCUCACUCCAUUUCCUCUUCUUCUCUCACAUAACCAAACAAACUAUAAAACCAUUUCACUAGCUUCACCCUAUAACAUUCCACCAUCGUAUAUAAAUUGGUCUUCAUUUGAUUCGAAGCUAGCCAUUGUGUGUGCCCAAAUGGCUCCACUCUUGUACAACCUCGGUCGCAGAAAGAUGCUCCUCCUCUCUCUCCUCUUGUUCCUUUCUGUUUCUGUUUGUUCCAGUGUCUGCUCCGAACAACCUCAACCGCAAUCUAGUAUUAGCCGAAGAAGAACGUUGGAGUUGGAGGCAGAAAAAGAAGAAGAGUACCAACAACCCCUCAAAAAGAAAUCCACCAAAAACCAAACCAAGCCCAUCAACCUUUCAUCCAAAACCGUCAAAUCCAAUAACCUUAAUUCCUCCAAAAACCAAACCAAGCUGUCCAAAACCAGCGACGUUGUCAUCCACAAACUCAACUCGACAACGUUGAAAACAAAAACCAAGAAGUCAAACUCCAGCGCCACCAAAACGGCGUCGUUGGAUCCCGCGAAAACAAGCGGUGGCGGCAAGAACAAAACGACAAAAGGCACCGGAACGAAGGAACAAGGAAGCGAAUCCAGGAAGAAACAAUUAGUGCAAGGUUUGGAAGACGAGGAGGUGGAGGGGGAUUUGGUUUCGGAGUUGAAAGAUCUACCCGUGAAGUUCCAACAAUCACUGAUCCCUGACCUGGAACGAAUCUCCACGACCUCCAAAGCGUACAUAGCAAAAGCCAACAAAGAGAUGACGAAAGGGUUCAAACCCUACGUGGGGAACAAGUACGCAGCCACCGUGGCCACGUUGCUAUCGUGCGCCUUCGCUCUCGUCCCUCUCCUCCUCGUCUCGCUCCUCUUCAACAAAAUCAAAGCCUACUUCUCUCUCCAGAAGCUCUUGAUCUUCAUCCAAGCCUACCUCGCUAUCUACUUCCUAAUUCUCUCUCUUUCCAAUUUCGUCACGGGGCUUGAGCCUCUCAGGUUUUUCUACUCUACUUCGCGCUCCACCUAUCUCUGCCUGCAGCUCCUUCAAACUCUCGCUUAUGUUCUCUACCUCCUGCUCCUCCUCAUGUACCUCGUUUUGGUCUUCUCCACGGACUCUGCCCUCGCCUCCAAGUUCCUGGGCCUGGCCCAAACCUUCGUGGGCUUUUCCGUCGGCUUGCAUUACUACAUGACGGUGUUUCACCGCGUCGUCUUGAAGCAACCUCCCAAGACCAAUUGGAAGAUUCACGCCAUUUACGCCACGUGCUUUUUCCUCAUUUCUUUUCUUGCUGGGGCCGAUAGAAGGAAGAAGACCUACUUGGAAGAAGGUGGAGAAGAGGGCAAGAAAAAUUGAAUUACCUAUAUAUACCCAAUUUUUCCUUUUAUUUUAUUUUUUUUAAAAUUUAAAUUUGAAAUUAUCCAAAGAAACAUUUACAUACCCAUGUUGUUCUAUGGUAGCGUAAUGCCGCAAGGCUUUGAGUCAACAAGCAUUCAGAUUCGUUCCUUAAAUAAAUUUAGGUGAUUACUAUAUAGUUGUAUUAUUGUAUAAUGCAGCAUUCUGAAUCAUAUAGUAUAUCACUCUAUAUACCUCCUUAGUACUUAA